AUGCCUUCAAUCACCAGGCCAACCCUGUGUAGAAACGAAUCCAUGCAAAAGUACAUGUUGCUGUCUGCCCAGAAAGAAGCUUUGCAACGCCGCAUGGCUUUGGAAAUUCCUUUUGGCAUACCCAUGGCUGUCGAAUCACCGGAAUUCCAGUCUCUUUCAUCUUCGCCAGAAUGGUCGCCAAAAUAUGCUUCACCAUACCCCACAGCCACGGACCCCAUUCCCACUCGAUCUUCCAUGAGCCCCCGCCGCAGCGUUGACGACAUGCACACGGCAGAGGCUGCAAAACUCUCCGAGCUCAAUCACCAGAUCGUCGCGACACUCACCGAGCUUCUCAACACCGAGUCCGUACGCUCCGACGAGAAGCAUCAUCGAUGGAUUCAGGAGCGUCUAAUGGAGGUAGAACACCAAAUCCGCCGAGACAGACGCCGGCACUCAUCCAACGCUGAACGCAAUUUCGCCUCUUCAAUCGCACAACAUCUUGACCUUGGUCUCAACACCUCGAAGACCUGGGCUUGA